GCCAGUUUAUUCAGACACCAGCCUGGGAAAUCCCAUUUAGAUGGUUUGGGAGGUGCUGGGGACUUAUAAGCCUUACAGUCCUUUGUCAUCCUGAUGUUAAAACAGACUGGAAGGGUUCUGCAGAUUGUUCAAGGCGUUUUAUCUGGACAGACAAGGGUUACACUGUUGGGGUUAGCACCCAGAUAUGGACAAUAACAACCAAACUGAGGAAAUCCAGCAGGAAAGUGUAAUCCGUCGGGUUACCAGGCUCCCUCUUAUCUGUUCAGCCUUCCAGAUCCUAUCAUUUGCUUACCAUGAUGUGAAAACAGUAAAUCCUGUGGUGGAUUUUUUAUUUGAUGUUUCAGAAAGAAGUAUAAAGGGAGUCAGUCGGGUAGCUGCAAUGGGGUUGUCCCCUUUCCUCAACGUCUUAGAACCACAGAUUGCUAUGGUUAACAGAGCAGCUCUACAGGUGGUGGAACAGUUGGAGGUCAGACUUCCCGUACUGGACCAGCCAGCAGAUGAGGCUAUUUCAGAGUUAAAGGACAGUUUUGUUGGUAGGGUGCAAUCUUUUAAAAACCGAAUCCUGAACAGGACACAGAACGUGCUGGACAGAGGGCAGAACCUAUUGCAGGACAUUCAGGAAGCUGUUUCUCUAGUCGCUGUCACUUUUGGAACCAUGGGUGUCAGAGAGUUGUUGAGGCUGGGAGCUGACCUUGCAGUUACACAGGCAACAGACCUGGUGGAUUACUACUUGCCAGACGAGGAAGACAAAGGUACCUGUCCAAUGCAUUCACCUACACAAAUCACUAAUUUCCACACUGGUAAACUGAGAAAGCAAAUGCCUUCCUUUAUAUAA